AUGGACGACUGCGUUACACCCUUAAAAUAUACCGUAUUUAGUAGAGGAGAACCAGCCAGGGAGUCUAAAAUUAGUCUGGGGCCUUUCCGUGCUACUCAAAUCUGGAAUGAGAUUGUUACUCAUUUGAAGUUGACAGUUGAAGUGAAGAGACGACGUCACAAGAUGAGAUACGUUGAUAACUGCUUCACGGGCACAGAUGCAGUCAAUGUGGUUUUCCAAUACUUACUGAAAGAUCAGAGUUGUUUUGGAGCUGAAAUUUGCAGGGAGAAAGCAGUAAAGCUGUGUCAGACAUUGAUGGAUCGGAGUGUGUUUGAGCCUGUUUCCUCAAGAGUCAGUGAGGGGAAGAGGCCUGUGUUUGAGGACAGUCAGAGUAAGCUGUACCAGUUUAUUGGGGUGGAUCCGUGUGAGACUAUGGUAUAUGAUUCUGACAUGGAGGCAUUGGAUGACACUGACGAUGAAGAUACAGCAGGAUCCAGCCCAGGGGAGGAGAGGAGAAAUAACCAGGAUCUAGAACCAGACAUGAUCGGUGAUCAUGAUGACAUCAUCUGUAAUCCGAUACUACUGAGCAAACAAGGAAAUAUGAUGGCCGAGGUGCUACAGUUGCAGAAGGGUAUGAAGAGGAAGAGUGUUAACCUGACUGCCCACCCAUUGCAGCGCACCAAAGUGCCACGUCGAUUUUCCUACCCUGAGGGUAUGAAGUUAGGGGACAACCCUGGAGAAAUUCAGCCAGGGGCCUAUGAUGAGAUGUGGAGAGAAGUGGCUUUAAGAAAACUGUUAACAAUAGUGGAUGUGCCCAUCCUGGAUGGUCUUCUCUCUGAGGACAAGAGUCACAGGAAGUCCAACCGCUUUAACGUGGUCAUAACCAAUGUCAUCAAUAACCGUAUGCGACCUACAGCCUCUGCAGGGGGAAAUGAAGACCCCUGGGUGAAGUCAGCCUUAGAAGUAUUGGAAGGUCUACCAUUAGGGUUAUCUGUCCUUGAUAAGGAGCUCCAGGGCCCAGUCACCAUGUCAACAAAACGCCAGCUGUUUCGAGCCAUCUGCAAGCACUAUUCUCAGGGGUCAGAGCCUCUGUUACCUGAACGGUUCAUCGACCUGUACCUGGCAAUCCUAAACCUAAUACUGCAGGAGAAGGAUGACUUGGCUGUCCAGGCCCUUCAACUGCUGAUGAUCUUACUACCUUGGCAGACUAUAGAGGAAGUGGAUCGGCUCUUCAGGUUCAUGGUGGCUGUUGCCAAUGACACUUCGUGCUUUCUUGAGGAACAGGAGGAUAACAAGAUUGUAGUUAUCAACACGUUUACUGAUAUACUCAUUCAACACACUAUGAUCUCUCACAAUCUUUCGGCGGUGCUUGUCGGCUUUAUCCUUUCUAAUGCUGGAACCGUCUUUACCAUCCCUAAGGAGAUUGAGGAUAAAGUCCAGUACUAUAUGGCACAGGUCAGACAAGGAAAGCUGGACCCAGUUAUUGAAGAAUCCUACUGUGCCAGGUUAACCCAUGAAGAAUACAGCAAACAAAAAGCUGCAGCCACUAACGAGGGAUUGAGAAAUAUGAUUGAUGCAAUCCUAGAUGACACCAAAAUACCCCUCAAAGAGAAGAAACUCAGGUUAAAACAGUUUCAGAAGUUCCAUCCACAGAUUUGUGCUCAGUACUUCCCAGAUAUCGUUUGAAAAUAGAAUUCAAAACAGACUUUAUGAAAAGCCAAAGUGCCAAAGGGGUAUACAGUAUGUCCCGUGAACCUUUCUCAUGAUUGUAGCUGUGUGUGGUUAGUAAUAGCCUGAGAGAUUGAUAAUAAUGAGAGAUUGUGUUGUACAAUAUCCACAUGUUAUCUCUGGAGAACGUCUGUAUUAUCUGUGACAUCGUUUACAUCUAUGUUUUUUUUUUUAACUUGUUACUCAUAUUGUGAUUGUUCCUGCAUGCCAGCAGUAUAACAUAUCAUUGUCCCAGAAUUACCUUAGUUACAAAUGUUGUCUCAUGAUUAUAAUCAUUCUCUUCAGUACAUCAUGCCAUAUCAUGGUCCCAGAAUUACUUUGCAUAUGUAGUCGUGAGAAACAUGUAACCAGUGAGAAAUGUAUUUAGUAAAGUUCAGUGGUGUGCAUCACAAAUUUCUAGUUCCAAACCACACUAAGAUAUUAAGAUGGUGCUUCUUCUUAUGCUUGUUACUUACAUCUCAAGAUGUAGUUCAGUUUAUAAUAUGUGUGUUAAUAGCUGGAUACAUUAAUACAUGGGAAGGUCUGGCAGCAACCUGCGGAUGGUCGUGGGUUUCCUCUUGGCUCUGCCUUGGUUUCCUCCCACCAUAAUGCUGGCCGCUGUUGUAUAAGUGAAAUAUUCUUGAGUACGGCUUAAAACAUCAAUCAAAUAAAUAAAUAAUAACUGAAAGUGAUAAGUUACUAGUUUUCAAAGCACAAAUUAUGUACAGCUG